AUGCCCGAUGUCAUUGACCUGAUCUCGUCAGACCCGCCGCUACCAAAUGAGUCGCGGUUGCAACCCCAGUUGCAGCCGGUGCGGCGGCCGUCGCGUCAGAUCCCUGCGCGACCAUCCAAUUUGGGGCUGUUUUCGUCUGAUUCAUUAGACGUCUCGUUCUUCAAUCACGAUGAUGUCUUCGACGAGCCUGCGAAAAAGCGGAGGCGCAGCAACGAGAACCCGUCGCCUCUCAGACAGACAACUACAGCACGCGAAACGGCACUGCCAGAGCGACGCCCGUCAUGGCUGUUCUCCGACGAUGACUUUGGCCUCCCACCUUCGAACCCCGCCGUGCUGAAACGACAAGGUGGACGCGAUAUAGAAGAAUCAGAUCCGAUUGUUUUCACAUCAUCUGCUCCGCAGCCCGUAUCCAAGCCCAAACCACCUACACCGCGGAAAUCUAAUCACCAGGACUACAAUGUGAUUGCGCUUGAUGACGAUGACGAUGACGAUGACGAUAACGACCCUUUCUUAAACCCCACAGUGAUGAGCAAAAGCUCGAGCAGGCCCCGGAAUACACAGGACACGAUAGAGGAGUUUAGUGAUCCGUUUGCGCUCCCGGGAUUUACAGACUUUCUUGAUGUUGAUGACGAGCCAGAGCCGCCAGUCUCCAAUACCGUGUUUUCAAGCAAGACUGCUGAGCUGCUUUCCAAUCUGAGAGCAAGCAUCGCAAAACCUAAACCAAAGACCACAUCUCGGUCCCAGAAGCCCAAAGCCAACACAGUGGGAGGUAUGUUAUUUUCUGAUUUCUCGGACGGUGACGAAGUGGAGGAACCCGUAGAGCCACGACGGGCUCCAAAGAAGUCGACCAAACUUCCACCUGAAGAGAAAGAAGCCAGGGCAAGGGCACGAGCUGAAGCCAAAGUGCAAAGAGAGCUAGAACGGGAGCAGGAGAAGAAGCGAAAGCAGAAACUCAAAGAGGAGAAAGCUAAGGAGAAGCAACUGGCAGCUGAUAUCUCAGAGGUGAACAAGGCCAAAGUAGACAAGAAAGAUUCUACUCCGGAGAUGAUCGUUGACAUGGCUAGCUCCAUGGAAGACACCAGCGUCGGCAAUCAGACCAUCGAGUUCAUGAAACGGCUGGGAGUUGAUCACAAUUUCGUCUCGGGGUCGAUCUCCAACGUGGUCAAAUGGCGCCGGAAAAGAAACGCCAGAUACAACGAGGCCGCAGGUCACUGGGAACCGUGCGCAUUCUACAUCCAAGAAGAAACCCAUGUCUUGUGUUUGGUUACCGCACAAGACUUUGUUGAUAUGGUGAUUCCGGCGCCGGGUGGCGAGGAACGAGAAUCCUUAGAAUUGCAUGUCCUCCGACUCAAAAGCGCUUAUCCAAAUCAUGCGGUUAUCUACUUGAUCGAAGGCCUGACUGUCUGGAUGCGCAAAAACCAGAACUCUCGCAACCGGGCGUACCAGGCCGAGGUAUUACGACAGUAUGAACAACCUAGUACGGAGGGAUCCACUACGUCUCGUGGUCGCAGCAAAAAGACAAAGAAAAAACCAGAUACCACCCCACUUGUCGACGAUGAUACGAUCGAGGACGCCCUUCUGGCCCUGCAGGUAACACACUCGUGUCUUAUCCACCACAGCAGCGCGCCAGCCGAGUCGGCCGAGUGGAUCAAGAACUUCACGGAGCACAUUUCCACGAUUCCGUACCGCCGCGAGCGUAUGGAAGGCAACGACGCCGCAUUUUGCAUGGACGUUGGUCAAGUGAAAUCUGGCGAGGACAAGCUCGAUACAUUCGUGAAGAUGCUCCAGGAAGUGAACCGCGUCACGGCCUCAAUGGCGUACGGAAUCACGAACCAGUACCCCAAUGUUGCCGAUCUAGUCAGGGGCAUGCGCAUACAUGGGCCCACGAUGCUUGAGGAUGUCAAGAAAUCGGCGAACAAAAAUGGCGCACUUACCGACUCUCGUGUUGGCCCCGCCGCCAGUAAGCGCUUGUACAAAGUUUUUACAGGGCUGGAUCCGACAUCCACUGAUGUUUAA